UACUGAGUACACACCCAAUGUCUUCUUGUUAAAAGGGUGUGAAAUCUAACAGCACACACAUUCAGCUUCACCUUCUCAGCCUGACCGGUUCACCUCAUCGUGAAAGAUGAAGAAAACGAACGCCGACCCGAUCCUCUGCGUCUCACUACUUAUUCUGGUGCUAUCUGGAAAAACCGAAAGUUCGGCGUUUAACGAUGAGCCGCAGCUCGUCCUUCCGGAGUCCUACAAUAUCGGCUGGAUGAAGGAGCUGGAUGGUAACACGCUGCUGUCUGAUAUCACCAUUCCUGGAACGCAUGAUACCAUGGCACUUCAUGGAGGACCAGCAGCUGAGUGCCAGGCCUGGAUCCUGGAGGACCAGCUGAAGGCAGGGAUCCGCUACCUGGACCUCCGAGUGUACGCUUAUGAAAACACGCUGUACCUCAUGCACGGGAUCGUCUAUGAGCACUCAACAUUCAUCAAGGCUCUCACCACGCUCAAGGCGUUCCUUGCAGAGUUUCCAAGCGAGACGGUUCUUGUACGCAUUAAACCCGAUUUGUUUGAUAAGAGUAAAGUACAAGGAUUGGUUGAAACGCUGAUCCAGGGUGAUAGCAACAUCUGGGUGAAAUCUACACUACCACGGCUGGAUGAAGUAAGAGGAAAGAUCGUGUUUAUACAGGAAGACAGCUUUUUGCUCGGCGUGCCUCUGAUGGAAACCGACAAAAAGGGGGACUACAAGGUCACUCACAUUAAGGACAAGGAGAAAAUAACCCUUCAGAACCUCAAUCUAGCCAUGAAGGAGUGUGGAAGAAAAUCUGUCAUCCUCACCUAUUCCAGUGGCACGGGCAUCGGCACGUUUGAAGGCAUGUUUUUAACCCCGAAAAGAGUGGCAGAAAAGAUCGACCCUUGGCUGUACGAUUACCUGCAAAUGCUGCAUGCUGAAGGAUCUGCGCUGUGUUUCGGGAUCAUAGCCAUGGACUUUCCAGGCAUUGACCUCAUUCAAACGGUCAUCAAGUUUAAUAAGUAGCUUUGCUCCAAAUUCUAAUCAAACAUUUGCAAAAAACGAUGCAAUCAUUCUUUGAUAUCCAUAAUGGCUAAUGAAGACAUAUGCACAUAUAUAACAAUCUCCUUCAGAUUAAUCUGUUAAUCCUGUCUCUUUAUCCUUAUCUCUUAAACUUUGAUCAUAAUUAGACUGUACUGCAUUCAGAAAAUAAUAACAAUAAAGUGAAAAGUAAAGUGAAUCUACCUACAAUUAACCACUGAAGUAAAUUUAACAGCAUGUCAUAUAAUGACGUGUAAAGCUUAAUAAAAUGUAAUGACUAACAAAUAAAUAAAGUGUUACA